AUGGACUUAAGACGUCCGGGUCCAAUGAGAACUGCUGCUGCUACCAGAGACCAUACUAGGUACUGUGAUUUUCAUCAGGAUCACGGUCAUACAACAGAGCAAUGUAAUAGUCUGAGGUCCAAACUGGAAAGUCUGGCACAGAAAGGAAUGUUGAAUGAGUACAUCCAGAGAGUGGAACAGCCAAGGUUUGUCAGAGAACAAGGGUCACAGCAUCAAGCAGUCCGCAAUCCCCCAAACAGACAAGGUGUGGCAUAUCAGCAAGCCCCACCCCCACUCCCACCACCAGCUAGAGUAAUACACAUGAUUACGGGAGGUCUGGAAGCCGGUGGACUGAGCUUUAAGCAGCGAAAGCUGUAUGUCAGAGAGGUUAAGCAUCAGAACCGAGUUCAGAAGCGAAAAUUUGACGAUGCUGAGUGGAAGAAUCAACCCAUCACUUUCACAUCUGCUGAUCUCGAAACAGUUGUCACACCUCAUAAUGAUCCUCUAGUUACUUCUGUCACGAUCAACAAUUGUGAAGUGCAACGUGUCCUUGUUGACACAGGGAGUGCACCAGACAUCAUGUACUUCCAUUGUUUUGAGAGUCUUGGUGGCCGAAGUUAUGUGACCCCUUCAGUCAGGUUUUUGGUAGUCAAGAUGGCGUCCUCAUUCAAUGUCGUCAUUGGUCGACCCACACUGACUGAAAUCCGAGUUGUGGUUUUCCAAUCUCAUCUAUGCAUGAAGUUCCCAACUCCUACGGGAAUAGCAACGCUGCGAGGCAACCAAGAGGUGGCCCGGCAUUGCUAUAUCACCUCAGUGACACAACCUCAGAAGGGCAAGACUCAGACACCCGAGGUUGAUCCCAAACGGAUUCCUGAUGAUCGGCAAGUUAUGGGUGUUGAGAUAAUAGAUAACCGACCAGAAGAUGAAACCAGAGCUGCUCCAGUCGAAGAUGUAGAAGAGGUGCAAAUUGAUGACAGAGAUCCGAGCCGGAAAACGCAAAUUGGGACUAAAUUGAACCCGGAGGAAAGAGCAGAGCUAAUAGCUUUUCUUCAGGCCAAUAAAGAUGUUUUUGCAUGGACUUCAGCAGACAUGCCGGGAAUUCCUACUUCAGUUUUUCAACAUAAACUCAGCACCAAUCCCCUCAAGAAACCAGUAGCCCAGAAGCGACGCCUCUUCGGGGGGGAGAGGUUACAGGUCAUUAAAGAAGAAGUUGAGAAACUCCUACAAGCUGGUUUUGUCAGAAGGGUCGAUUACUGCGAGUGGGUUGCCAAUCCGGUGUUGGUGAAAAAAGCAAACGGUAAAUGGCGGAUGUGCAUUGAUUACACUAACAUCAACGAUGCAUGUCCAAAGGAUUGUUAUCCAAUGCCAAACAUUGAUAAGCUGGUUGAGGCAGCUUCGGGGAAUGAGAGAUUAAGUUCAGGAGCUGGUGCUCUCUUGAUUGGCCCAGAUGGAUACCGAAGUGAACAUGCUCUGAAAUUUAACUUCGAUGCAACAAACAACAUGGCUGAGUAUGAAGCCCUGCUACUGGGUCUGCAGCUAGCCUUGGAAUUAAAACUCAGUGCAAUCCAAGUAUACAGUGACUCCCAACUGGUGGUGAACCAAAUUAACUCAAUUUGCGAAGUUGUUGAUCCUGUGAUGGCAGAUUCACUCUCUAAAUUCGCCUCUGAUAGUUCUUCACAUUCCAGAUCAGUUUUUGUGGAGGUUUUAGAUGAACCAAGUUUCGUGAAGCCACGGGUGAUGGAGAUCAGCACCGACCCAAGCACACCGAGCUGGACUGACCCAAUCCUUUCCUUCUUACGAGAUGGGAUAGUACCUGAGGACAGGCAGGAGGCAAUGAAGUUGAGGAGGAAAGCAUCUCGGUAUACACUUGUUGAUGGGGUUCUCUACAAGCGAUCUUUCUCUCUACCUCUUCUACGGUGCUUGAAUCCCUAUGAAGCAGAAUAUGCACUCAGGGAGGUGCGUGAAGGUGUCUGCGGAAGUCACGUGGAUGCUCGAACCUUGGCUUAUAAAGUCCUUAGACAGGAACAGCUCACUACUCUGGUAGCACCAUGGCCAUUUGCUCAGUGGGGAUUGGAUCUUUUGGGACCAUUCAUGAAAGGCGUUGGUGGUGUAACCCACCUGAUUGUUGGUGUAGAUUAUUUCAUAAAGUGGGUUGAAGCUCGGCCGUUAUCCAGUCUUACUUCCAAGAAGUUCACCUCGGUUUACCAUCUAGAGUCCAACGGUAUGGUCGAAUCUGUUAACAAGUGCAUCCUGGAAGGUAUAAAGCCGAGGCUGGAACAACACAAGGCCAAGUGGGCAAACGAGCUCAACAACGUCCUCUGGGCAUACAGAACUACGAGUCGAACUGCCACAGGUGAAACACCAUAUCAUCUGGCCUUUGGUACCGAAGCAGUCAUUCCUAUCGAGAUAGGAGUUCCAAGCUUCAGAGUCACCCAUUUCGAUGAAGGACGGAAUGGACAACUGCUUCGGGAGAACCUUGAUCUGCUUGAUGACCUCAGAGAAGAAGCAUGACUUCGAACUCUAGUCUACGAGCAGAAGAUAGCAAACUUUUACAAUAAACGAGUUCGACCCCG